UCCUCCUCCUCGUGCACACAGCACAUCCACCCUCUCCAUCCCCAACCGAACGGCGAACGCGGGGCGGCUCAACGCGUCCCCAAUCCCCUCAUGGACGCCGCGAGCCGCACCUGGCCGCCGCCCAACCCCUCGCCGGCGCCCUUCUCCUCCCGCCUCCGCGCCUCCUCCGACUCCCACCACCGCCGCCGCCGUCGCCGCCACUCCAAGAAGUCCAAGCCGGAGCCACCGCCACCGCCCCCCGCGCCGCCCAAGUCCGCCCCCGUCUUCGCCGACUUCGCCGACCUCCCGCAGGAGCUCCUCCACCGCGCUCUCUCCGCGUCCGGCGCCACCGACGUCUCGGCCGCCAGCCGCGCGUGCCGGGCCUGGAGGGACGCGCUGCAGCCGCUCCGCGAGGCGGCCGCGCUGCACGCGCACGGCCGCCGCCUCAAGCACGGCCCCGCCGUCCCCGCCCCCUGCGGCGUAGAGGGGCGCGACGUGGCGCGGCGGGGCGCGCUGGGGAUGUUCCAGCGGGCCGCCAGGCUCGGAUCCGCGGCGGCGAUGGUGGACGCCGGGCUGCUGUGCUGGGAGGAGGGGCAGCGAGAGGAGGCGAUGGGGUACUACCAGAGGGCCGCCGAGCUGGGGCACCCUGUCGGGAUGUGCAAUCUCGGGGUCUCUUACCUCGAAGCUGAUCCACCCGAGGCCGAGGAAGCUGUUAGAUGGUUUUAUCCAGCUGCAUCCGCAGGCAAUGUUCGGGCCCAAUACAACCUAGGCCUCUGCUUGCAGAAUGGAAAAGGAAUCAAGCGGAAUCAACGAGAAGCUGCAAAAUGGUACUUGCGAGCUGCAGAGGGAGGGAAUGUACGAGCCAUGUAUAACGUUUCCUUGUGUUACUGCUUGGGUGAAGGGUUUACGCAGGAUCAUGUGCGUGCAAAGAAGUGGCUGCAACUAGCUGCUGACUGUGGUCACAAGAAGGCUCUUUAUGAGUGUGGUCUUAAACUAUGUGCGGCAGGAGACAAGAUCAGGUCUUUCAUGUAUCUAGAGCUGGCAACACGCCGCGGAGAAGCAGCUGCCUCACAUAUGAGAGAUGUAAUGCUUGAAUCACUCUCUCCCAUGAAUACACAACUUGCCCUGUCAGAGGCUGAUAAAUGGCGACCGAAAGCCCUCUAUACCAGAAGAUGACCAGAUGGACCCCUCCAAAUACAGACCAUUGUGCUGGGCAUUGGCUACAUCAUCUCCAAGUCAAAGUUGGAAUAGGCC